AUGACUCUGAAUAAACAAAGGAUACUCAGCGAGUUGGGGAGCGUAGUGAAUCAGUUGCAAAGUGCAGAUUGUGGUUGUAUGGGAAAACUAUUUGGGACAACGCCUCAAAUGAACUGCAUGAAUAAUUCAUUCCCUCAACAGGGGGGUCAUGGAUAUGGUUGCCAUGCCGCACCUUGUCAUGGGUGUCACCAACACAGCCCAUGUUGUGCAGAGUCCUAUUCAAUGAAUUCUGCACCACAAAGUCCAUAUACGUGCAUGGGUCAAUGCAACGCCCCUAAAUUAUAUGCUGAUACGUAUAGCUAUUUAAACAAAAAUCUUAUGCAACCAGUAGUUAAAGAAGUGUAUAAUGACCUUAGUUCACUUGGCCCUACAAACACUAUUAUGAACAAUGAAUUAGGUAGCAAAAUGGGUAUCAUGCAACAAGGGCUUGUACAUGGUCACGAUCCAGCUCUGAAUGAAGCUAAUGCUCACCACAUGAAUGCCUUUAAUCCACACACAUCGCAAAUGCAACCGGUGGGUGCAAAUACCCAAAUGAUGCAAAACACUCCGCCUUCCGCAAUCGCGCCUAAUCAACAGUAUUUUGGAGGCAUGGGACCUCAAAUUGUAAAUAUGAUUAAUGGAGAAUCAGUAAGUAAACCAGUGCAACCACAGCAAGGGCUGACGGGGCCAAUGAUAAUUGACGCUCCACAGUCUCCUCACGGAAUAGUUGGAGUAACUCCAUUGACAGCACCUGCUAAUAGUUAUGCUCGACAUAACGAUAAGAUGAGGAAUAAUAUAAAUCCACAGCAGAUAUAUGCAGCGAAUACUUCUAAUUCGCUAUCUAAUACAAUAAAACAAACACCUUUGGAUCAACCGUCGUAUGGGCAACAUACACAAGGCAUGACAAAAUUUAAUGAAAUAUUUCCAGGAGUAAUGCAAGGUCUUGGUGGUGACCUAGGUUUUGAUCCUAUGGCUAUUGCUAUUCAAAUGAAUCCAGCAAACCAACAACAAGUAGCCAUGAAUACAAUGCAGAAGAUGAUGAAUAAUAACCAAAAUAUCUCAAAGAUUCUAGAGCCAUCUGUUACAUCGGAAGCUCACCCAAACACUAUUAAGAAUACAGGUCAGAUACUACCCACGCAUCAAAACACCGUGAUCCCGUCACCAAACACGAACCUUCAGAAACCAAUUUCAAACAACAAUCAAUCAAACGCAAAUCAGCAGCAAAGUAAUACACCAAUACAAAAUCAACAUUAUAUAUAUAACACUCCACAGCAGGCACAAGAAAUGGUUGAUCCAAGUACUGUUGGUCAAAAUCUAUCAACAAUACCAGAAGAUCCUUCUAUAAGGACUAAUAUACUGCCACCACAGCGUCAAACACCGCAAAAUAAUCAACAAAGCGUAGUGCAACCUAUUAUCAAAGAACCAAUAUUCCCAGUAGACACAACAAAACAAAAAAUAUACCACAAUUUAAAUGUCAAGAAGAGCAGCGAACCUGCGUAUUUCAAUACACUAGGGCAGCCCGUGGAAAAAUUGCCUGCAAAUAUGUAUCGUCCUGUAAUGCCAAGUCUACCGCAAACCCUAUCUCCUCAACCAAUGAAUGUUAAUAGCAAGUACUCUAAAGUUAAGCCUACGGUGAGCAAAACAGCGCUAAUGGGUGAAAAACCAACAGAAAAAACACCAAGCAGGAGUCAACUUCAGCAGAUUUACAAACAAUUUAAGGGCUCACAAUCUUACACAAAACAGAAUGUGUCGGAAUCACCUGUUGAUGCACCUACUCAUUCUGAAAGGCAUUUGAAUAUGAAGCAAGAUACACGAAUGCAUAAUAUAAUUCCUGUAGAAAGAUUUGGCGGUGACUCCGCUAUUAGUGGCCAGUUAAAUCAUAUUGAGCCCGUGAGAUAUGAUCACAUCGGCGAUGUUCCCGUACAAAAUAAACCCAAUCCAAUAAAACCAGAAAAGGAGUAUGCGGGAAAUAACCUUAAGGGCAGAAAUGGCUUACAGGAUAUGGUUUAUACUUCUUAUCCAACAUCCGCGGCUUGGACGUUUCAUGGCGAUGGUAAAACUGAAGCUUAUCCUAGCCACCGUGGUCGCCGCUUCCAUAGAUAUUAA